AUGAAUCCAGUAACAGCUCAUGGUCGUCCUCUACCUCCUCCUUUUCAUACAAGAGAUCUUCAGCUGCACCACCACCAUCAAUUUCAACAGCAGCAGCACCACCAGCAGCCACCGGAGGAGGACGAGCAAAGUGGUGGAAGUAGCAGCCGCAACCACGGCCAGAAGCGCGAGCGUGAUGGUAAUCAUAGUCAUAAUAAUGAUGGUAAUAGAGAAUUAGCAUCGGUGGUGACCGGAGGAGAAGGAGAUCAUAGUAGUGGUGGUGGUAGUGGCGGUUCAAGGCGGCCACGGGGACGUCCGUCGGGAUCGAAGAACAAGCCCAAGCCUCCGAUCAUAAUUACACGUGACAGUCCAAACGCGCUCCGAUCUCAUGUGAUGGAGGUGGCAAAUGGGUGUGAUAUCCAAGAAAGCAUAGCAAAUUUUGCAACCAGAAGACAAAGAGGGGUUUGCAUUUUGAGUGGUAGCGGUACUGUUACAAACGUAACCCUAAAGCAGCCGGCAACAGCUGGGGAGGUUGUUACACUACAUGGGCGAUUCGAGAUCUUAUCGCUUUCAGGUUCAUUUUUACCUCCUCCAGCUCCGCCUGCGGCUUCAGGCUUAACAAUCUACUUGGCCGGUGGUCAAGGGCAGGUGGUCGGAGGAGGUGUCAUGGGUCCCCUAGUGACUUCAGGACCCGUGGUAAUUAUGGCAGCAUCUUUUGGAAAUGCUGCUUACGAGAGGCUUCCUCUCGAGGAAGAAGAGUCUACACCCGUAUCCGGUAACGAACAAUUGGGAUCGCCUCCUGGAAUUAGUGGCCAACAACAACUCAUGAAUGAGGCGAACUCAUCGUUAUUUCAUGGAUUGCCUCCUAAUCUGUUAAACUCAUGUCAAAUACCAACAGACGCUUAUUGGGGAGCAAAUCGGCCCCCUUUUUAG